AUGCCCGAUAUACCAAUUGAGAUAGCCACACACAACCUUAGCAUUAUUCCUUUCUUGGCACCGGUAAGACAAAAGCAAAGAGCCUUCACACAUGACAAGUACCGGGCUAUCCAGGUUGAAGUGAAGAAGUUGAUGGCCAUCAACUUUGUCAGGGAAGUGACAUACCCCUUAUGGUUAGCCAACGUGGUCAUGGUACCAAAGAAAUCUCCGGGAUCAUGGUGCAUGUGUGAGGACUACACAAAUCUCAACCGAGCAUGCCCUAAGGAUAGUUUCCUAUUCCCGCGAAUUGACCAACUAAUUGACUCCACUGCUGGAUAUCGGUUACUCAGUUUCAUGGAUGCGUUCAGUGGGUACAACCAAAUUCGAAUGAACCCUGCAGACGAGGAGCACACUGCCUUUACCACAAACAAAGGUCUCUAUUGCUACCAGGUCAUGCCCUUCGGAUUGAAGAAUGCCGGCGCCACUUAUCAGCGACUAGUCAACUCUAUGUUUGAAGAAGUCAUCGGUACUAUCAUGGAGGUAUACGUGGACGAUAUGCUGGUAAAAAGUUUAACCUCAGAGGAUCACGUAACCAACUUGUCAAUAGUCUUCGCCAUCAUAUUACGUAACGGUAUGCGACUUAACCCACAGAAGUGCAUCUUUGGGGUCGAGGUAAGGAAGUUCCUCGGGUACAUCAUUAGCCACAGGGGAAUUGAGGCCAAUCCAGAGAAGGUGCAGGCCAUAUUAGACAUAGUAUCCCCAACCUACCGGAACGAGGUCCAGUCUCUUAAAGGAGAAAUGCUCUACAUAUAUCUUGCGGCAUCUUCGACGGCUGUGAGCUCUGCUCUGAUUAAGAAGAACUCCGAUUGCGAGUACCUGGUGUACUACGUUAGAAAAGGUUACACUGGUGCGGAAUCCAGAUACCCGGAUAUUGAAAAAAUAGCAUUGGCCCUCCUGGUAUCGACCCGGAAGCUUAGACAUUACUUCCAGGCAUACUCGAUCACCGUUUUCACUAAUCACCCAUUGAGGCAGGUUUUGCAGAAGCCAAAGACAUCAGGUAGGUUAAUUAAAUGGGCCAUCGAAUUGGGGGAAUUCGAUAUCAAGUACCAACCUCGGACAGCUAUGAAGGGCCAGGCAGCGGCAUAUUUUAUUUCUAAGUCGAUUCCCUCUCAUAACCCACCUCUGGGAUCACCUGGGCCACCAGCCCCGGAUCCACCUCCACCAAGCACUUGGCGAUUGUAUGUUGAUGGAGCGUCUAACAAAAGGACAAAUGGCGCCGGUAUCCUGCUAAUUAGCCCGGGCGAUCAAGUCUACGAGUACGCCUUCAAAUUUGUCUUCAAGGCAUCCAACAAUGCCGCAGAAUACGAGGCACUCAUAGUAGGUCUACAGAUCUCCCGGGAACUAGGUGUCCAGCACCUUAGUAUCUUCAGUGAUUCUCAGUUAGUCGUGAACCAGGUCAGCGGUAACUUCGAGAGAUUUACCUCCUACAUUUUCACCCAAAUACCGAGAGAAGAGAACGACAAGGCAGACACCCUUGCUAAGAUUGCUGCAACUUCUCCAAGUCCUACCUAUGGGGCUACCAAGGUCGAAAUACUAGAAAGGCCUAGCACUUCUAAAACAGUGUCAGAAAUAUUCACAGUGGACCACACAGCCUCCUGGAUGGACCUAAUCUUAAAGUACAUGGUGGACAGUCUAGCACCGGAUGAUAAGGUCGAGGCCAGGAGACUCCAGUUAAGGUCACCUCGAUACACGAUCAUGAACAGAAAACUAUACAGAAGAGGUCACUGCUUCCCCAACCUGAAGUGUGUAACACCGGAGGACGGUCACAAAAUAAUGAAGGACAUACACGCUGGUGUAUGCGGUAACCAUGCUGGAGCCCUGUCUCUUGCACACAAGACCCUAAGGGUAGGAUAUUUCUGGCCAACCAUGUCGGCCCUAGCUCAAACAAUAUCUAGUUCUUGCCACAAGUGCCAAAUGUAUGCAAAUAUCCCAAGGGCACCGCCCAUUGCCCUUUCCAUCCUCCUUGCACCUUGGCCAUUCUGCCAGUGGGGCCUAGACCUAAUCGGUAAACUUCCCACAGCAGUGGGAUAA